AUGCAAGCUGCAAACGGUGACGAGAAGGACAAGAAAAUACGAGAGCUGUACAGGUAUGAUGAGAUGUCUAAUAAGGUACUUCGUGCCGACAGAUCCUUGCAUACUCAGCGAACAGAUCCAUUGAGGGAUGCAGCGGAAUCACAGCCGAAAUCUAUGCUAGGAAGAAUAUCGGUGAAGGACAUGGGCGCAUCGGCGGCUCAGACACAUGCAACAACACCUUUGGAAAACGAGACGUACCAAGCUGAAGAGUUUACGAGUCGAGAAAUUGCGAGAAGUAGGCCCAAAAAAGCCAGAAAGAAUCGGAAUGGCGCAAAUUCCACUAUACUUAGCGGUGACUCAAUGCUAAAGCUCAAUUACAGGCCCUCAGAUGCCGCCAACUCAGGACGCUACGAAGAGAUUGUGUAUCUCGUUUCGUUGCUGCUGGGGGACGAUAUGCCACACGAUAUCAUUUUAUCGGCUACUGACUUUAUUUUGGAAGCUUUGAAAGGUAAACAGGACGAAGAAGGACUCUACAUGGACCGUAAGCUGUCCGAAAUUCAAGAGAACCUUUCAGUCCAAAUUUCAGAACCAAAAUUCCAUCAAAUCGUCGAUCUGAGCAAACAAAUAACUGACUAUCACAAAAAUGACUCCAGUAAGCAGGACAUGGAGGACGGUGUAGCCAUUUUGGCGAGUGAGGACGAAAUGGACGAAUCGCAGACAUUGGCUGGCGAAGAGCCUGAAAACGCAUUAAUGAAUGAACUACAAGAGGAUGAGGAAGAUGAAGAAGUGGAUGAAGAUGGCAUAGAAGAGCGUAAUAAUGACGAAAUCGACAGGGGCACAAACGCAGAUGGUCAAAAGUGGGCUGAAGAUAGUGAGGCUAAAGACGACACUUUGACUUUUGCUCAAGCGAAUACAACUAAGAAUGAAAUCUACAAAAAUGUUACCCCAGUUUACGAAAUUGAUGAUCUUUUCUUGCUGCAAUCAAUUUCAAAUUUUAUUACUGACAUUGCUGAGGAGGAUGCCCAAGCUUUAAAAGAAAGAGUUCUGGAGGCACUAGGAGAAAACCUGAGCAAAAGUGAUUUGGAGAUUGAACUCAAGGAAUCAGUAGGAAUCACAGACGAUCGGUUGUUGAGGUUCUUGGUCAACAAUGGCGCAAGAAUUCACUGGGGCACUAGGCUGUCAAGCGCAUCAGAAGAACAAAAGUCUGGAAUUCUAGAUGAGAUGCUUCAGCUUGAUUUAUCGGAACUGAUAGACGAAUAUAAAUCAAAAAAUACCACGCUCAAACGGAAGCUGUCUGAAGAUCACUCUGUUGAGGACGUUACAAGCAAGGAGAGACCAAAGAAGCAAGCAAAGUCGAGCGUUCCAAAGACGAUCGACUUACAACAGCUAGCCUUUGGGCAAGGGUCGGAAUUAUUUGCUGCGGAGCGUGUGACUUUACCAGCCGACUCUUUCAAACGGGUUAAAAACUCCUACGAAGAGAUCCAUAUCCCACCACCGCCGCGGCCAUCAAAUGACUUGGAACUAGUUCCUAUAUCAGAACUUCCAAAAUGGGCAAGAAGUGCAUUUCCUUCUAAUGAAACAACCCAUUUGAAUAGGAUUCAAUCAGAGGUAUACCCUUCUGCUUUCGGUAAUGAUGAAAACAUGCUUAUAUGCGCCCCGACCGGCUCGGGUAAGACAAAUAUUGCAAUGCUCACGAUUUUGAGAAUCUUGAGCCAUCAUCGGGACGAAGUUCGCGGAACAUUCCACUUGAAGAACUAUAAAGUCGUUUACAUUGCUCCGCUCAAAGCGCUUGUUCAAGAACAGGUCAGAGAGUUUCGAAGAAGGCUCGCAGGUUUUGGUAUCAAAGUUGGUGAGCUUACUGGUGAUUCGAGCUUGACCAAGCAACAGAUUUUGGACUCGACAGUAUUGAUAGCGACGCCGGAGAAAUGGGAUAUAAUAACGAGAAAGAAAAGGGAUGGAGAUUAUACAAGUUUAGUUGAGCUCUUGAUUAUCGACGAGGUUCAUCUUUUACAUGAUGACCGUGGCCCUGUUCUCGAGAAUAUAGUCGCCAGAACUCUUCGUGACAAAACAGCUGCUGAGAAGACUCGAGUUGUAGCGCUUUCUGCCACCCUCCCAAACUAUCUUGAUGUUGGUAGAUUCCUACGGGCACCCAAAGAAAACGUCUUCUAUUUCGAUUCCUCUUAUCGACCCUGUCCUUUGGCACAACAGUUUUGUGGAAUUACUGAGACAAAUGCAGUAAAAAAAAUAAACGCAAUGAAUCAGGCCUGCUACGACAAGUUACUGGAGUUGGUCGAGCAAGGACAUCAAGUCAUUGUGUUUGUGCACUCUCGGAAAGACACCGCAAGGACAGCUCAACUUCUGAAAGAAAAGCUUGCUGAGGAAGAUAAACUUAAUAACUUCAUCAAGUCUGAACCGGGAUCUAAAGAAAUUAUAAAAAGAGAGUCUGAAACUGUUUCUGAUAGACAAUUAGCCGAAUUGAUGCAAUUUGGAUUUGGUAUUCAUCACGCUGGUCUCUCAAAAUCAGACCGUUCUUUAUCUGAGGACCUUUUCGCCGACGGUCUCUUGUCAGUACUUGUUUCGACCGCUACGCUCGCAUGGGGUGUCAAUCUGCCUGCACAUGCCGUUAUAAUUAAGGGUACAGAUGUCUACUCUCCUGAGAAAGGGACAUGGACUCGUCUUUCACCUCAAGAUGUACUUCAAAUGCUGGGUAGAGCUGGACGUCCUCGUUAUGAUACUUUUGGAGAAGGGAUCAUCAUCACUCAUCAGUCCAGUAUUCAGUACUAUCUUGCUAUGCUGAACCAGCAGCUUCCAAUCGAGUCACAGCUUGUGGGUAAACUCGCUGAUAGUAUGAAUGCCGAGGUUGUUUUGGGCAAUAUAAAAUCUAGAAAAGAUGCUGUCGAUUGGCUUGGGUUCACUUACCUAUUUGUCCGCAUGCUGGUAAACGCUGAACUGUAUAAGAUUCCUUUGAGUGAACACGAAGAUAAGGGAUUGCUCGAGUACCGCGAACAACUGUCGCAUUCUGCUUUGGAGAUUUUGCAGGAACAUGGCCUUGUGGUAUAUAAUGCAAUCACAGGGUCAGUAUCUUCAACGGAACUCGGUAUAAUUGCCUCGCAAUUCUACAUCCAAUACCACUCAAUAUCGAUGUACAAUCGUUUGAUUAAUGAGCAUUUGACAUCCAUUGAGAUUUUGCGCAUAUUUUCCAAAUCUGAUGAGUUCAAGUACAUUCCCGUGAGACAGGAAGAGAAGAUUGAACUUCAAAAACUCCUAGAAAAAGCUCCGAUUCCUAUCCAGGAAGAUUCGACUGAGCCAACUGCUAAGGUCAACGUUUUGCUACAAGCUUAUAUCUCCCGCACGAAAUUAGAUGGCUUCGCAUUGAAAUCUGAUAUGCUGUACAUUACUCAAAGUGCUGCCAGAUUAAUGAGAGCUCUUUAUGAACUAGCACAUGCCAAGAGGCUACCUAGACUUGCCAAGUUAAUGCUGACUUUGUGUAAAUCCGUUGAGCAAAGGAUGUGGGUAACUGAUUCUGCUUUACGGCAGUUCAAAUCUUGUCCCUUGGAAGUGAUACGGCAUACGGAGGCUUCCUUUCUGCCAUGGCAAGACUAUUUCCGCUUGUCCUCGCCUCGGGAAGUUGGAGAGGCAAUACGGUCAGAGAAAAACGGCAAGCUUGUUUAUGAUCUUUUGCAAAGGUUCCCACGAAUGGAGUUGAGCUGUUCCGUACAACCUUUGACACCUAGCGUUUUGAAGUUCGAUUUAGAAAUACUGCCCAAUUGGACCUGGGACUCAAAAAUUCAUGGCUACAAUGAGAGGUUUAUAUUGAUGGUUGAGAACGAAAUGGGCGACAAGCUUCUUUAUGAGGACAAGCUGUCUGUGAGACAGAAGUACGCGAAUGAGUUACAUUACCUAGAGUUCUCAAUAUUCUUGAGUUCCGCUCAUCAAGAAAGACUGCCACCCAACUUUUUCAUUUCUCUAACUUCGGAGAAAUGGUUGCAUAGUGAAGUUAAAAUUCCUAUUCUCCUAGAAGAUGUCAGGCUACCAAGACGAUUUCCUGCACCCACGCCGUUACUUGACGUAGACGAACUUUCUGUAUCCGAGCUGGGCGACCAAUUUUCUGGAUUGUUUGAUUUCCUCCACUUCAAUAAGAUACAAAGCCAGGUCUUUCACUCUCUAUAUGACACCAACGACAGUGUCCUCAUCGGGAGUGCACCAGGUACCGGCAAGAUCGUAAUGGCCGAGAUAGCACUCCUAAAUUUAUGGCGUCAGGGUGGUGGCCGGUCAGUGUUCGUGUGCCCAUCACAACAAAAAAUCGAUGCUAUCGCAGAAAGCUGGACCAAACGGUUUACUGAUGUUGCGGGACAAAAAGUCAUUAACAAAUUUACUGACAAUAAUGCCAGCAACCUUCAAUUACUUGCGAGAAGUCAUUUAGUUCUGUGCACGCCCGAACAAUUCGACUUAGCCUCAAGGAAGUGGAAGCAAAGGAAAAACAUACAAAGCAUAAAUUUACUGAUAUUAGACGAAGCGCAUAUGGUUGGUGAUGGCGAAGCCGGGGCAAUCUAUGAGAACAUAAUCUCCCGAAUGAACCUGAUUGCAGCACAACUCGAAACUGGUCUUCGUAUAGUGGGUUUGUCAAAUUGUGUGGCUAACAGCAGGGAUUUUGGGGAGUGGAUGGGCGCCAAAAGGAAUAACAUUUACAAUUUUACGCCCGCUGAUAGAACUCUGCCGCUGCAAAUUAAGUUUCAAGCUGGUCCCAAUUUCGACGAAAGUAACAUUCACAUCCAAGACUCACUGUGGCCUCUUUGCGUUGAAACUCUGAGGGCCGGGCUCGAUGAUGAAAAUACAAUCGUUUAUGUUCCAUCAAGGGUACAGGCAACCAAGAUUGUAGCUGAGCUUAUCAGAAUAGCACAUGGAAGUGACCUAAUUCAAGAACAAGCAAUUGCCGCGGUGACAGAUUCCGUGAUCCCGUCACUGUCUAGCAAGCUUUUGCAGGCAUCUUUGGGGUGGCGCAUUGGCAUUUUGCACAGAGAUUUGAAUGAUGACGAUCAGCGAGCUGUUAGAGAGUUGUUCGAAAAUGGAGUUAUCAAAUUUCUCAUUGUUACAAGAGAUGUCGAGUUUGGUCAACUUAAAUCCAGCUCAGUGGUCGUCUUCGGUACCAGUCACUACGAGGGAAGCGAGCAUCGUAAUGUUGAUUAUACAGUAAAUGAGAUUCAAAAAGUGCUCAGUAUUGCGUGCUCCAGUCGCACACUCAACAGGGCUUUUAUCAUGACCAGCAUAAGCAAGAAGGAAUACUAUAAAAAAUUCCUCAGUGAACCUCUGCCGGUGGAAAGCUUCAUGUAUUACUACUUACCUGAUGCCAUAUCUCGGGAAAUCAGUGCUGGCGUGAUCGAAACGAAGCAAGAUUGUAUCGAUUGGCUCACAUUUACUUUGUUGUACCGAAGGAUACAUGGGAACCCAAGUUUUUACGGCGUAAAAGACGUAUCGCCAGUGGGAAUUUCUGCAUACUUGACAGAGCAGGUUGAAGAGGUAACCGACGAUUUGGUAAAAUGUUCAAUCAUUGAAGUAGAGGAUACCGAAGAAAGUCAUGAAGAUAAUAACAAUGAAGACCAUGACAGCUCGAUUUUAUCUCCUUUGAACGGCUGUUUGAUCAGUGCCUAUUACAAUAUUUCAUUCACGAGUAUGCGAAUCUUUCAACAACAGCUGUCGAGAGGUUCAGGCCUGCGAACUAUACUGGAGACCCUGGCGUCUUCGUCCGAGCUGGGCUUUGUAAAAUUUCGCGAGACCGACAGUGAUGCGUUAAAAUCCCUGUACGAAAAGAUACCAGUCAAAACCGCACUAAUCACUGAUUUCGACUCACCAGCUUUCAAAUCCUUUGUUUUGCUUCAGUGUCAUUUCUCGAGAAUACCCCUCAGAAAUGAGCUAAGUCUAGAUAAGGCACUCCUCUUGAAAAAGGCCCUGCCAGUGGUGAACGCGAUGGUCGACUUCAUGGCUGGUGAGGGAUUUUUAAACGCAACUAUUGCAAUGGAUCUAUCGCAAAUGAUUGUUCAGGGUAUGUGGAAUACAGACAGUCCUUUGUUACAGGUACCUCAUUUCGAUACUCAAAUGAUAGAAAAGUGCAAGCAGAGGAAUGUCGAGACUGUUUACGAUGUGAUGGCUCUUGAGGAUGAGGAACGCGAUCAAUUGCUGAUUUUCCAACACAAGGAACUUGCCUCCAUUGCGGCGUUUGUUAACGCAUAUCCGAAUAUCGAGCUGGAAUAUGCGCUUCCCGAACAAUCCGCAAAGUUCGAGGCAGGACUACCGAUCACAAUGUCGGUUACACUCACAAGAGACGAGGAGCCUGAGAGCCUUCAGGUUGCUACAAGCCGGUUUCCUAACUUAAAGAAUGAAAGCUGGUGGCUUGUAGUAGGGGAGCCAUCAACGAAAGAACUACUUUGCAUCAAAAAAGUUUCACUAAGCAAAGAAAGUCAAAGCUACGACCUCGAAAUAGCACUUGAUGAAGAAGGCAGCCAUGAGAUUACUAUUUGGUGCGUCAGCGAUUCGUACAUGGACGCAGACAAGGAAGUGUCCUUGCAGAUACGCGUCGAAUAA